AUGUCAUACCUUCCUAUUUCGUUUCUUAUUGUUCUGUGUAGCUUAAAUACCCGUGGUCCGAGGGCGAUUCUUUCCUCAGACUCUUACCCUCUGGACCACAGAGCUUCUUGUUGGCACUCUCUCUGUGCCAGUCGCUUCUUUGUCACUGCGUUAAACAGGUUAUGGGCCCUGCGCUCUAGCGACUUUGCUCUACAUCGUUUUAUCCACACUUUCUGGUCUCCCAUCUGCUGUGCCACUCCUUUCUGGCCACACCCCAUUGCUGCCACAUCUUCCCCAUUGCUUUCCCUGCCUUUCCCAUCGUCACACAUCGCUUCCAACACCUUUCCCUCCUUGUGCCACUUGUCCUACACCAUGUCUGACCCCUCAUUCGCUCUCCCUUCUGUCUCCCCUCUCAAUAAUCGCAACUAUCCUUCCUGGUCCAAGGAGAUCAAGGCCUGGCUUCGUCUCAAAGGCCUAUGGCUUCUGGUCUCUGGUGAUGAGACAGCCCCUGUUGGCACGAAGGAGAAGCCUGCUGACCCAAGGGAGGUGGCAGAGUGGAAGAGGAAUGCUCAGAAGGCUGCUGGUGCGCUCUUACUAUCAGUUGAGGAGCAGUUCAGAGGCGUCUUGGAUGGCAUUGAGGACGACCCCAUUGCCAUUUGGACCAAACUAGAGGAGCAGUUCAAUAAGAAGUCUGCUGGAUCGCGUUUCAACGCGAUGGAGGACCUCUUUUCGAUCAAGAAGCGCAACGAUGAGUCCCUCCAGUCCCUCAUUCAUCGUGUCGACGAGUCUAUGCGCGUCUUGAAGAACCUCCGCGACUCUGGCUUCGAUCUCAAGAAGCAGGACGAGGAGCUCACUUGCAUGGCCCUCUUGUGGUCUCUUCCCUCCGAGUUUGACACCUUCCGCUCCUCUCUCAGUCUCAUGGACGUCUUGUCUCGCUCCAAGCUCGAGGACGCGUUCAGGCGCGAGGAUUUGAAUCGUGCGCGUCGUUCGGUUCCCACAGACUCUGCACAGGCCCUUGUGGCAUCCUUUCCUUCGUCCUCCACCUCUUCCUCCACCUCCUACAGACGUUCUAGGCCACCCAGGAAGCAGUACAAGUGCGACUUCUGUGGUGCCACUGGCCAUACUGAUGACAGGUGCUUCAAGAGGAUCAAUGAGGAGCUGAAGAAGUCCAAGCCACAGCAGGCCCACUCGGUUCAGGCCCCUGAAGCCUCUGGUCCCAUG